AUGAGCACUGGGUACGGCCUGAACCUGGACGAGCACGAGCGGGGCGUCAUUCCCCGGGCGGUAGAUCAGCUCUUUGCCGGCAUUGCUCGGCGCCAGGCGGAGGCCCGGGAGAAGGGGGCCCCUGUCCCGGACUUCAAGGUUCACGUUCAGUUCAUGGAGGCUGAUCCAUGUGUGUCCCAUUUUGGAUAUAUCCAGGGAAGCAAGUCUCGCAUCAAAAUCCACGAGGACGUGAAGGGCGAGAUCUAUUCCAUAGGAGUGGCCACUAAGACCGUUCAAAAUGCCGAACAGGUGAUCAAGUGCCUCGAAUCGGGGGCCCUCUCUCGCACCACGGCCAGCACGGCGAUGAACGUCCAGUCGUCCCGGUCCCAUGCCAUCUUCACCCUGCUCCUCAAGCAGCAGCGCGUCGUCACCCUACCAGUGAGUGACCCUCCGCCAGGCAUUGGAAGCUCUUGUGCGGAGGAGGAGGAGGACAGUGGAGAGGCCUUGAGCGAGUUUGAGACCCUGACGGCCAAGUUCCACUUUGUGGACCUGGCCGGAUCGGAGCGGCUCAAGCGGACUGGAGCCACGGGGGUCCGUGCCAAGGAAGGAAUCUCCAUUAACUGCGGCCUCCUGGCUCUGGGGAACGUCAUCUCCGCACUGGGCGACGCCUCCGGCAAGAUCUCUCACGUCCCGUACCGGGGCUCGAAGCUGACCAGGCUACUCCAAGACUCGCUGGGCGGGAACAGCCGCACCCUGAUGAUAGCGUGCGUGUCGCCGUGUGACCGGGACUUCAUGGAGACCCUGAACACGCUGCGGUACGCCAACCGUGCCAAGCACAUCAAGAACAAGAUCACGGUGAACCAGGACAAGUCGAGCCAGACCAUCGCCCUGCUCAGGCGGGAAGUACAAGACCUGCAGCUGGAGCUCAUGGAGUACAAGCAGGUAACUUCAAACAUCAACCGAGAUCUUCGCAGUUGA